AUGGAUCGUUCCCCAUCAAAUCGUGCAUGGAUGUAUGAUAGGUGUCAUAGAGGAAGAGGUGCUUUGAAAGAGUCUUUUGUAUUAGGUGUUGAAGAGUUUAUAACUAAAGCUUGUGAACAAGAACGUUAUCGUAGAGGUGGGGGUCUUCGAUGUCCAUGUUUAAAGUGCGAUUGUACAAAGAUUCUGCACGAAAGAGUUGUCAAAGUUCACCUUUACAAGAACGGUUUCAAGCCUAAUUAUUUCAUUUGGGAGGAUAAUGGGGAAAUAAUACCAGAAGAUGAUGUACAGAAUCAUCAAAGUUGGAGGGCUGUAGAGACGGAAGGUGGUCAAAUUAACCAAUUUCAAACAAUGGAAGACAUGGUGCAUGAUGCUCUUGGGCAAAAUGAGUCGUGGCAAGCAUCUACUUCUAAUAACAUUGAAGAGGCUCCGAAUGAAGAAACACAAAGGUUUUUUAAUUUUUUGUUGGAUGAAAACCAACCGUUGUAUGGAGGAGCAUCAGACUCGAAAUUAUCAAUGUGUGUCAGACUAUUAGCUUGCAAGUCAAAUUGGAAUAUUCCUAACCAAUGCAUAGAUUUUAUUGCAAAAAUGGUUAUGGAUGCAACACCCAUCAAAUCAGGUUUGCCUAAAACAUACUACGAAGCAAAAAAGUGUGUAUCAAAGUUGGGAUUACAAUCGCAGAGGAUUGAUUGUUGCGUGGAUGGUUGCAUGCUCUUCUAUGAUAAUGAAUAUGGUAAGAAUGAUGGCGCGUUGCUUGAAUGCAAAUUUUGUGGAAAGCCAAGAUAUCAACCACGUAAUAUGGGAGCAACUACUACAAAGCAAGUUCCUAUGAAAUCAAUGUUCUAUUUGCCAUUAAUUCCUAGACUACAAAGAAUGUAUGCCUCAACACAAACUGCAGGAGAAAUGACUUGGCACUAUCAGAACAUGUCGACGAAUGGUGUAUUGCGUCAUCCAUGCGAUGGAGAGGCUUGGAAGCACUUUGAUAGAGUAUAUCCUGACUUUGGUACCGAGCCACGCAAUGUACGACUCGGUUUAUGCUCUGACGGUUUUAACCCAUAUGUACAGGCAUCAAAUAUACCAUAUUCAUGUUGGCCAGUUAUUGUCACCCCUUAUAAUCUUCCUCCAGAAAUGUGCAUGUCUAAACCUUACAUGUUCUUGACAUGUCUCAUUCCCGGGCCAUUCAAUCCAAAGGUUGGCAUAGAUGUGUACUUAGAGCCCUUGAUAGACGAAUUGAAGAAGUUGUGGACGGGUGUCAUAACAUAUGAUAUUUCAAGGAAACAUAACUUUAUUUUGAGGGCCAUGCUGAUGUGGACAAUUAAUGAUUUUCCUGCUUAUGGUAUGUUGUCCGGUUGGAGCACUCAUGGUAAACUGGCAUGCCCACAUUGUAUGGAAGAUACAAAGGCUUUUAGAUUAUAUCAUGGGGCAAAAAAUUCAUGGUUUGACUCCCAUCGGAGGUUUUUACCGAAUGACCAUGCCUUUAGGAGGAAUAGGAAUGCUUUCAAGAAGGGGGAAGUGGAGAUGGAUGACGCACCACCAUAUCUUACGGGAGUAGAAGUUUGGAAUAGAAUCAAUGGUUAUCCUAAAAUAACUGAAAAUGGUGCACCAAGAAUUGAUGGAUACGGUGAGUGGCAUAAUUGGACAAAAAAAAGCAUCUUUUGGGAUCUACCCUAUUGGAAGGAUAAUUUGUUAAGGCAUAAUCUUGAUUUCAUGCACAUUGAAAAAAAUUUCUUUGACAACAUCUUUAAUACUGUGAUGAAUGUUGUGGGGAAGACAAAAGACAAUGAGAAGGCCCGAAUGGAUAUAGCUUUGUACUGUAGACGAAAAGAUUUGGAGCUAAAAAGGCAUACCAAUGGAAACAUGUAUAAGCCAAAAGCAAAUUAUACACUUUCAGCAGAUCAAACAAAAGAAGUCUGUCAUUGGGUAAAAGCUCUUAGGAUGCCUGAUGGAUAUUCUUCUAACUUGUCAAGGUGUGUUGAUGUGAAUAGGGGAAAGCUCAUUGGGAUGAAAAGCCAUGACUGCCAUGUGUUUAUGGAAUGCUUACUUCCUAUUGCGUUUAGUUCUUUACCGUCUCAUGUUCUCAAUCUCAUUACAGAGAUAAGUCAUUUCUUUAGAGAUUUGUGUUCUACUACAUUGAACAAGGAUGACCUAGCGAAGAUGGAAGAAAACAUUCCUCUCAUUCUGUGCAAGAUGGAGAGAAUAUUUCCUCCUUCAUUCUUUGAUUCUAUGGAACAUCUCCCUAUCCAUCUUCCAUAUGAGGCACGACUUGGUGGACCAGUCCACUAUAGGUGGAUGUACCCAUUUGAAAGGUUCAUGGGAUAUGCUAAACGUUCAGUAAAGAAUAAAGUUAGGGUUGAAGGUUCUAUUUGCGCAUCAUACUUGCACAGAGAAACAACUCAUUUUUGUUCCCACUAUUUCAAAAACUUCAUGUUAACACCACAAAGCAGUAGAAAUGAAGUAGACAUUCAAAUAGAAAGCCUAACAAAAACAUUAUCAGUGUUUGACCAACCUAGUCGUCAUUCUGGGAGGGAAUCAACACAUUGGUUAAGUGAUGAAGAAUUGAGAUCAGCUCAUGUUCAUGUUCAUAACGAUCCUUUAAGUGUGAGGAACCAACAUCUUAGAGAUUUAUCACUUGGUCCUUUAAGGUGUGUAAAGGAAUGGCACACAUUCUUUGCUAAUGGAUACAAAUUUCAUACGCAUGCAUGGAGUCAGGGCAAGAAGACAAUAAAUAGUGGGGUUCAUGUUAAAGGGCUAACAGAAGGAGGUCAAGAUGAUUUCUAUGGUGUCAUUAAACACAUUUAUGAGUUCGAAUACAAUUCAACAACCACAGAAAAGAAAAUUGUAUUAUUUUAUUGUGAUUGGUUUGAUCCAUCGAGAGUAGGUACAAGGGUGGAUUCAAAGUAUGGCAUUGUGGAUAUUCGAAUGGAUAAAAGAUAUGUGUUGUUUGAUCCUUUUAUAAUUGCACAUAAUGUACAACAAGUGUAUUAUGUACCAUAUCCUACAUCACGCACGGACAAACGAGGUUGGUGUGUUGCGAUAAAAACGAGGCCUAGAGGUCGCAUUGAUUCGAAUGAUGUAGAAGCCGAUGUGCCAUACCAAGUGGAGGAAAUGUCACAUGUUAAUGACGUCAUUGACGUUGAAGAAGUAGUCCGAUUAGAAGAUGUAGACGCUGCUCUUGAAGAAGUGAACCCUAACAAUAUUUCAUCAUUUCAAGGGCAGAUAGAUGAAGAUACAACGGAAUCAGAAGAAUACAAUGCAGAGGAACAGGGUGAAGAUGACAAUGAAGAUGAAUUUCAUAGUUCUAGCACUGAAUAG